AUGAGUGAGCGGCAAGUGUCGGUCUCGCAGAUGGUCACGAGCUGCUCGUCCGACGGAGCUCGGCAAACACGACGCCAGAGACGCUGUUGUGUUGGUGUUUGUGAGCAGUGCACCGAGCUCGGAUUGCUGGCGCACUUCAACGGCGGCGGCUCGUUCGGCGAAGAGGGAGGUCUUCACGCAACUCAACUUCGUAAUGGUCACGUAAACUUGUCAUUCGACAUCUUUGCUGGCACGACAGCCCGUCGGACGGGAUCAUGGUCAAGUCCCGCCCACCAUUCGCACUUCGUCCCUCGUAGCAGCACGAUGCAGAUUCUGCACCGCUCGUCUCGCAUCGGCAGCUUCGUCGGUCGAUUGGCGCCGCGUUGGUUGCGCUCGCUCUCGAUUCCCAGCUCUGGGUCGACUGUCUCGUUCUCACAUGAGCUCCAAAGCGAGCCUCGCGUUGCUGGGCGAGGUCCUGCUCGAGUCUGCCCCGUUGAGACGCCCUACAGGCCUCACAUGACGCUCUACACCAAUCUGCUUGACCGCGCCAAAGUGGACGACGGUAGUCGCCCCAUGUUCGGCUCGAGGCCAGUGGACCCGACGACGGGAGCUGCAACGGGCGAUUACGAGUGGAAAACGUUCGCUGAGUUCCUGGAUCAUGUGGAUGAGACAGCGUCCGGUAUGAAGCUUGCAUUGGGCCUCAGACGACAAGACACGGUCGGAGUCUUCAGUCGCUCGCAGUACGAGUGGACACUCGUCGAGCAGUCUUGCAACCGGAUGGCCUUCACACUCGUGCCGCUGUACGACACACUAGGUCCCAGUAGUGUGCCCUACAUCCUCAACCACACUGAAAUGAAGGUAGUAUUCUGUGCCAAAGAACAGACAACCACACUGCUGCACUGCCUGCCCGAGUGUCCACACCUGAAGACGAUCGUUCAAUACGAGAGCAACUUAAACGAGCAGCAAGUAGCGGAAGCGAACGAGCGAGGAGUCAAGAUCUGGGCGCUCGAAGACGUCGUGAAGAUCGGAAGAGUCCACCCGGCAGACGCGGACCCGCCCAAGCCGGACGAUCUGAGCACCAUCUGCUACACUUCAGGCACCACCGGAACCCCAAAAGGCGUCCUGGUCACGCACGCUAACUUUGUGAGUGCUGUGAACGCUUACCGCCCCAUGAUCAAAGCCAACCGCGACGACGUGUACUUCAGUUUCCUACCGCUUCCACAUGUGGCUGAGCGAUUCUUGCACGCUAUGAUGAUCACCGAGGGGGCAGCUAUCGGGUUUUAUCAUGGUAAGGUGGCUCAAAUUCUGGACGAUGUACAGAAACUACACCCGACUGUCUUCGUGGCUGUGCCGCGACUUAUGAAUCGCAUCUUUGACCAAUUAAAGCACAAGGUGACGGCCACUGGGGACGCCAAACACGUUGAGUACUUCUACCAAGCGCUCGACGAGAAAAAGCGUUUAAACAUGCUGAAACACGACCAAUACGAUGCUGAACUGUUCGACGGCUUCAAGCCCGUUCUGGGUGGCCGAGUGAGGCAGAUUCUCACAGGUGCCGCCCCCAUCACAAGCGAAGUGAAGGAAUUCUUCCAGUACGUCUUCGGUGUCCCUGUUUUGGAGGCUUACGGCAUCACAGAGGCCUCGGGUGGUGUCGCUUGUUCGAGUGCCUUGAUGCCUCAAGGUCCUCAUGUGGGCGUUCCUCUCCCCGGUCUCGCUAUAUGCCUGGGGGAUGUACCGGAGAUGAACUACUCGAGUGACGAGGGAUACGGCGAAGUCUUGAUGAAGGGACCGAACGUGUUCUCUGGCUACUACAAGCAACCAGAGUUAACUCAGGAAGUGCUUGAUGAGGAUGGGUGGUAUGCCACAGGGGACAUCGGUCGCUGGAACCCUGACGGUACGCUGAGUAUCGUCGACCGGAAGAAACAUAUCUUCAAGCUUUCUCAGGGAGAGCAUGUUGCCCCGGAGAAAAUUGAAGGCGUCUAUCAGAAGAGCAGCUUUGUCGGACAAGUGUUUGUGGACGGAGACUCGUUGCAGAAUUAUCUCGUCGCUGUUGUGGUGCCUGACCCUGACGUUGUGAAGCACUCGACGUUUAAAAACUGGGAGACGGAUUACGAACAGAGACGCGAGUUGGAGAAAGUGGUGCUGGCAGAUAUGGAUGCACUGGCUCAUGCUGACGGUCUGCACGGCUUUGAGCGAGUCAAGAAGAUUCAUCUGACCUCCGAGGCCUUCACAGUGGAGAAUGACCUUGUCACCCCAACGCUGAAGCCCAAAAGAGCCAAGCUUGCACAGUACUUUGCUGAUGAGGUGAAGACGCUGUACGACGCAGGUAGUAAAUAUGAAUAA